GCCUUCCCUUUCUUCUUAGUCUCAUCUCUUUGACAAAUUCUUCAGAGUAGUAAUGGAAUCCAAAGAAAACAUUUAUGGUCUUGUUUUUCUUCUUCAUACCAAACAAUAAUAUAUAAAGAAGAAGAACAAGAAACCGAGCCGAUUGGUUUAGUAGCUUCGUGUGUUAUAAUGGCGAAAUCAAAGACAUGCAACGCCAAGAAGCAGUCGUACAUCUCCGUCACCGCUCUUUCGUCCUCUUCUCUUCAAUCUCUGCUCGUUCCGCCGAAGAAAAUGAUAACAAAGCCGAGAACCGGCUUCUUUCUCGGCCACCGAUGCAGGCGGCCGGGCGUUUGGUUGUUAUCUCUCUUCAGCUUUGCCCUCGUUAGCUUGUUGAGGCUGGGGUGGAAUGUCAACACCCUCGUCCCUUUCUCUCCUUAUCCGUGUCUCCAAACUCUAUUGAUUCCGCAUCUCACCGGCGAAGUCGGCUUCUCGAACGCCACUCAACGUCGUCUCGCCUCAUUGGAAAGCGAGUUUUGGAAGCAGCCGGACGGAAUGGGAUACCGGCCGUGUUUGGAGUUCAGCGACGAGUAUGAAAGAACAAGUAAUGUUAUUAUGAAUGACAGAAGAAAGUAUUUGCUGGUGGUGGUUUCGGGUGGCAUGAACCAGCAAAGGAAUCAGAUUGUGGAUGCCGUUGUCAUUGCUAGGAUCCUUGGAGCUGCCUUAGUUGUUCCCAUUUUGCAAGUCAAUCUCAUCUGGGGUGAUGAGAGUGAAUUUUCUGAUAUAUUCGAUUUCGGUCAUUUCAAGCGAGUUCUCGCCGAUGAUGUGCUGAUACUAUCGUCGUUGCCUUCGACGCAUAUAAAGACGAGGCCUGUAGAGGAGAAAUUGGCUCCGCUUCAUGUCUCCCCUCAAUGGAUUCGUGCAAGUUAUCUCAAAAAGAUAAAGAAGGGAGGAGUUUUGCUGUUACGAGGUCUGGAUUCGAGGCUCUCUAAGGAUCUUCCUCCUGAUCUUCAAAAGCUUCGCUGCAAGGUGCUUGAAACCUCACUUCUGUUGAGGUUUUGGAGAAUUUUUACAUGUUCUAAUAUGUUGAUUAUUGAAUCUCAGGUGGCAUUUGAAGCAUUAAGAUUCGCUCCGCCGAUACUCGAGCUUGGUAACAAGUUCGCUUGGAGAAUGCAGAGUAAGGGACCAUACCUUGCUCUUCAUCUUCGAAUCGAGAAGGAUGUAUGGGUGAGGACCGGUUGUCUUCCGGGCUUGAGUAAGGAAUUUGAUGAGAAAAUCCACAAUGAACGGAGAAGACACCCCGAGCUUCUUACUGCGAGAUCGAACAUGACUUACCACGAGCGAAAGCUUGCCGGACUCUGCCCCUUGAAUGCUUUCGAAGUGACUAGGCUGCUUAAAGCAUUGGGGGCUCCGAUGAGUACGGGAAUAUACUGGGCCGGAGGGGAACCUCUUGGCGGGAAAGAAGCCUUGUCACCAUUAACAAGAGAAUUUCCUCAUUUCUAUAACAAAGAAGAUCUUGCCUUACCUGGUGAACUAGAACCAUUUGCUCAUAAGGCUUCUUCCAUGGCCGCCAUCGACUAUAUAGUUUCCGCGGAAAGCAACGUUUUCAUGCCCUCCCACGGCGGGAACAUGGGUCACGCGAUCCAGGGACAUAGAGCAUUUGCAGGGCAUAAGAAGUACAUAACACCAAACAAAAGACACCUGCUGCCAUAUUUUCUGAACUCUUCUCUCCCGGAAGCAGAGUUCAAUAGGAUCAUAAGAGAACUGCACCGAGAAUCUCUCGGACAACCGGAGCUCCGGGGUAGCAAAGGCGGAAGGGAUGUGACCAAGUACCCGGUUCCGGAAUGCAUGUGCAAAAGCAAGGCUUCCCACGUGAUGACAUGAAACAUUGAUGGUCACAUUGCUUCGACUGAGAACCGAGACCCUCUUUUGGAAACUUGGUCAUGAUGGAUCAUGAUGAUUCUUUUAAUCUGGAGCAGCAGCAGAGCAUUAAUUCAAGAGCGAUCUGCAUACUCAUUGUUUGUGGUUGCGUGGUACACAAGGCAGGGUAGAUAUGAGGAUAAAUCCUUUUUUUCUUAUUCAUUUUGGGGAAAAUUCUUUUAUUUUCUUUCUUUUAUAUACACAUAUGAAAUUCAGCUUAUUCUAUGUAUAUAAUGUAU